AUGUCGGCUCGUCCAAGCCUACCAGCAGCCAGCAUGACGUACGGAAUGGCUCCUCCGAUGCAUCCGCAUCACCUCUCUCACGCCGCCGACGCUACCUCAUCGCUCCCACCUCAAAGCUACGCCGCCCACCAGCAGCAACAGCAACAGCAGCAACAAUCGCAGCAGCAAAUGAGCCAAUACGGUGCCUCCCAGAUGGGCUCCAACUUUGCCUACUCCCAGGGCUUUUACGGUCACCCCUCUCAGCACCAUCCCAACGAGGUUCAAUCCCAGCAGCACGCUUCGGCCUACUACUCGCAUCCCACCUCGUCGCCACAGAUGGACCCUAGCGCCCAGAUGUACGCCGCCCACCAGAUGAACCACCCCGACAUGAUGGCUGGCAGCCAGUUCCAGGGCCACCACCCUGACCUCCUCGCCCACCAGCACGGCUACGCCGCUCUCCAGGGCGCCGGCAUCCGUCCCAAGCGCAAGCAGGUCAAGAACGCCUGCAUCAACUGCCAGAAGGCAUGCAAAAAGUGCGACGAGGGCCGCCCCUGUGGCCGCUGUGUCAAGUACGGCCUCGUUGACACCUGCCAGGACAGCGCCCGCAAGGAGAGGCGACGAGGCAUCAAGCGCGGGCCAUACAAGCGCAGGGCCACCACCGGUUCCCAGCCCACCAACCCCGCCCUCUCCGUCUCGGGACCCAUGUCCUACGGCCGCGACGGCCACAUCUCGCCCUCCAGCCGCAGCGACGGCAUGCUCGCAGGCACGCCAGGCACCGAGUCCAGCUUCUCCAGCCCCGCUUUCGGCACACAGGCGCUCGCACCGCGCCCACCCAUGCCGCUCCAGAUGCCCAGCAACGGAUGGCAGCCCAGCAACCCCAGCCCCAUCGGCGACGACCGUGACGGCCUCCGCGCUCGAUACGGCCAGUCGACGGCAUCUAACCAGCAGUCCUACUACGGCUAUGAGCAGGACGCCGCCCACCACGUCUACGACCGUAGCUCCUCAGCACCCGCCACGCAGCCUGGCUCCAUGCUCAGCCCCAUGGGCCGCUUCCCCAACUCGUCCACGCCCCAGUCGUCCACUUCGCAGCUCCCGAGCCUCGGCUCGCAGGCGUCGGCCAACGGCAGCUACCUCGGCGGCGUCUACGGCAGCGGCGCCGGCCGCAUGGGCGCCAUGAGCAACGGAUCCACAGGCUCGCUCCUCAGCCCGCCGCUCCACUCGUCCGCCUCCAGCACGAGCUUCCUCUCGGCUUCGUCGGCACCCAACGGGCUUGCGCACCACCGACUGCACUCGGACAGCAGCCUGGCCACGCUCAGUUCCAACGGCGCGUCGAGCAGCACAAUGUCGCCGCGCACACCGCUCAAUGGACCGGGCUCUGAGCCGCCGCUGCUCUCGCCCUCGGGUAACAAGAUGUCGGGCUUCGCCCCGCCUCAGCCCACCGUGCCGACGGCAUCGGGCACGUUCCUCCAACAGGACACCUCGCGUCCGUUCCCGCUCAAGAUGCCCAAGCCCGCCACUCGCGGUCGCUCGGGCACGGGCAGCUCGUACCUCGACCAGCCUCUGCAACAGCAGCAGCAAGGCUACUACGCCAACAACCUUGCGCCGAUCAACGUCAAGCUGCCCAUGCAGCACCAGCAGCAGUCGCAGCCGCAGCAGCAGCAGCAACAGCAGCAGCAGCCGCCACAGUUCGGUCGAUCGAGCCCGUACAUGGCGGUGCAGAGCCUGGAUGACCGCAGGCAGUUCCUCAGCAACACCACGCCGCGCAUGGACCUCUCGCCCAAUGCGGGCAUGAUGCCCAUCAAGUCGGAACGCGACGUUGGCGCGCCCCCGCCCGCUCCUGCCGGCUCGCUGGGUCUGGCGUAA